AUGGUCAUUCAUAUCUCAUCUGCCCCAAUUUUUCUUUCUUUGCUUUCACCCCUACAAGCUCUCUUCUCCACCUCUCUUAGUCAUCCCAGGAUGUGUCAGAAUUUCUAUAGUUUUUCAGGGUCAUGCCCAGUGGAGCGGAGAAUGGCAAUCACCGGAGAGAAAGAACAAGUGAUGCCAAGCCACAGCUUUUUCCUUUACACCCCCCCCAAAAAGCUAACCUGCCCCCACCCCAGAGACACACCUUAGGUAGGGGGUAAACCACUCCUCUCACCGUGUGCUCAUGGACGCAAGAGGGGGUAUAUAUGGAGGUACGAAAACGGAGAUUCAGACAGCGACUCGACAACAGAGAUGGAUACCAUGGUGAGACGCGGCACAAUGAUGAUCCUCAUCAGCUCUUUGGUCUGGACGACAUGUUCGGCAGCACCAAUGCAGUGCCACUUCAACUCUCAAGCUCUGUGUGAGUAUGAAGGGAAGCAGUACUCAAUGGGAGACAGCUGGAUGGAGCAGGGCUGUUUGCAGUGCACCUGCCUGCACCCAGUGGGUGUGGGAUGCUGUGAGACUGUGCAUCGGCCUGUGGACUUUCCUCCUUGGUGUGAAGUCCGAGUUGAAACCUUGACCUGUCAGGUCACUCUGGUGUUGGCAUCUGAUCCUCGUCUGCCAUGCAUCCCUGGAGAAGAUACCAACAAUCUCCCGAGACAUGGGACCAUCAACAUGAAACUAGCAGGUUAGCAUGGAGGGAAGCGUUAAAUCACCUGCCUGUCAGCUGUCAUUUGAAUUACUCUUAGCAACUGUAUUCACAAAACAUAACCAUAUAAGCUGCUCAAAUGUUGCAUUUUAACAAAAGCAAAGAUGUGGUAUGAUAGGUAAAGAUCCCUGUAUUGAUUUUUUUUCUGAAUUAUGGAAAGUAUCAGUGUAAGCAUGUUAUUCAAGUUAGUACCAACAGUCAUUAACACCGCAUGUCCUGUUGUUUUAAAUUUUCAUCUGAAUU